UUUUGCACAUCCCAGCUGACCAGCUGCUGUUUCAUUUGAAAAAAAGAAACUUUGGAUAUGAGUGUUGACACACGUGUGGAUUUGAGCAACGGCCUCGAGAAUGUUCCUGUGUUCAUUGAGCGGAGUUCCGCCGACAUGACGUUUCCUGAAUUUCAGUAUUCCACAGAUAACAUUCAGGGACCAGGGUGCACCGCUGACCCCACUGAAGUCGCCCUUCCUGGAUGCUCGUGUCGUUCCCGCUCCUGCUGCGCUGAGAACUGCACCUGCCUGCGGACGCGCGGCCGUGCGUACGACAGCGCCGGCGCGCUGCUGACCCUCGGCCCAACAGACUCUGGUUACUGCGCACCGGUGUUUGAGUGCAACGCCCUUUGCGCCUGCAGCGACGCCUGCUCGAACCGGGUGGUGCAGGGAGGGAUGAGGCUCAGGUUGGAGGUUUACGGCACGGAGAACAAGGGGUGGGGAGUGCGGACGCUGGGGGCGAUCCCACGUGGGACGUUUGUGUGCGAGUACGCGGGAGAGGUCAUCGGUCUGGAGGAGGCUAGACGCAGACAACUUGCCCAGAGCUCCGAGGAAAAUAACUACAUAAUAGCCGUGAGGGAGCACGCGGGCACAGGCGCCGUCGCCGAGACGUUCGUGGACCCCGCCGCGGUGGGAAACGUAGGCCGCUUCCUCAACCACUCCUGCCAGCCCAACCUGUUCAUGCAGCCGGUCCGCGUGCACUCCUUGGUUCCCCGGCUGGCGCUGUUUGCCGGGCGGAACAUUGAUGCUCAAGAGGAGCUGACAUUUGACUACACGGGGGGGUACAGUAACCACCUUCCCGUAGAGCUGCUGUCCACUCAAAGGGACGCUGACAUAUGGGCCAGUAGGACAGAUGGACUCCAGAGGAAAGAGUGCCACUGUGGGGCCAACAACUGUGUUCACUUCCUGCCAUUGGAUUUAUCUAUAAUCAACCGGGAAUGAACUAAGUUCCAUUUUAUAUCACGUGUGUUUUUAUCUGAAUGUCAAGAGAUGGAUGUGUUUUUCUAAAUGAUGCAGAAAAGAUUUUCUAUUAAAACUUAUCUCUACUUAGUGUUGUCUGUUUUGCAGUUUCCCCCCCGAACAUCUUAAUCCAUCCACUCAUUAGAACAAGACAAUGCAACAGGUUGAUGGCUCCACGUACACAAUGAGCCGGAUGAGUCAUGUCUGAGCCCGUCAUCGCUUCCUGUUUGGUCCCGCCGGCGUCUCCCACUCGAUGUAAGGCGAUGCAAUGAAAACUAAAACAAAGGUUGUAUUUGUCUGAGAGAGUAAACUUGUUGACGUUCCUGUCAUUUCAACCACCAGGGGGAUGUUUGCUCUGUAUAAGACGUUUCCCACCAGAUUUACAGUCUUGCAGCUGUCAGCUUGUCCUGGCACAUUUAAAUCCCAUUUCUCACAUGAAUCCGGGAGGAGCAGAAGCAUCAUUUGCACUGACAGAUAUUGAAGGAGUGUUCAAUAGGUGUCUUUUAAUAGCCACAUAGGCUACAGAAUUGAUCUGCAGACCUUUACAGUUGCCGAAGCAUUUUGCAAUAAGAAGAUGUCACCGAAAUGCUCAGUUAAAGAAAUAAUGUCGCCAUCAACUUGCCAUUUGUCUUCCGUCUUCAAUCAAUGCAGCCCUCUCCUUGUAGAUAUUCUCAGCUUCUCAUGCGCUCAAACCUCCGGAGAGGUGGGACCAAUUAAAAAGGGCCG